AGCAGAACGAGCUGGAAGCAGGUUUUCUACUCCUUAAGAGUAGUCAAAUACUAUCAUUCGCUGCAGAUUGAGCUAGUCCAAGCAACUUCCCAGUAGUCCUCCAAGAUAAACCUUGACAUAUUCUUAAGGACUACCUAAUUUCUCACCUGCAGGCAUCAGUGAUCCACCUCUACUAGAUACGGAAGCCCGUUAGACGAAAGCUUCUUCGAUUCCGUCCAGAACCAAUUGAACCAUUCGGACGAUUGACAGUGUGUAAAAAAUCAAUUCCUGCGCUAUUUUCGUAGCUAAUGUCACAUUGGAGGGUUUUACAAUGGAGGGCGUUUGCUAGAGAAUGGCUCAUUUAUGACUCUUUCAUGCAGUGCCCUAUGCUCUCGGCCGAAAGAAUUGCUAAGUAUUUGACGGGAAAGAAUAUCCGAUACUAUGACCCUAGUGCCGACUUUGGGAGUCAUGUUGUUGUGAUCAAUUCUAGACACAUUGCUGCAAAAGAUAAUAGUCGAUAUUGGAAACGGUUCUUAUACACUACACAUACAAGGUUCCCUGUGAAUCGUGUUGAAGAAACAAUGGAGGAAGUUCACAGGCGUGAUCCUACUGAGGUUAUUCGUUUAGAAAUUAAAGCUGUCUUACGAAAUAAUGAAUCCCGUAAAUAUCAGUUAUCUCGUCUUCACAUAUACCCUGAUAAUAUUGAAGUAUUGAUUAGUAAUUGAAAAUUAGUUACUGAAUUUAGACUAUUCCCAAGGACAUUAUUGCAAAUAUUUCAGGAGUAAUACCACAAGUUAUGAAAGUACCAAAACGUCUUGAUGAAUACUCUGCUGAAGAACUUAAUGAAUUUCCUAAACUUUUUGAUUGGCCCGAAGAUUUUCAUGUUGCCCCGCUUAGUUCAAUUGCAAAGAAGCUGAAAACCGGAGGAUCAAAAUAACAUGCUGAUAUUGUAUUACUGCAUAUCUGUAUAUUAUGUAUUAUAGUAAUCUAA